AUGGGUGGUCCAGAAGCGAGAACAUAUAUGGGCUGGUGGGGCCAUAUGGGGUCCCCCAAGCAGAAAGGUAUAACGUCAUAUGCCGUUUCUCCUUAUGCACAAAAGCCUCUAGCUAAUAAUUUACAUAAUGCCUUCUUCAACAGUUUUAGAAGAUUCAAAGCACAAGUUUUGUUUGUGUUAGUACCUGCGGGUCUUUACUGGUACUGGCUGAAGAAUUCAAGAGAAUAUAACGCUUAUCUAUAUACUAAAGCAGGAAAGGAAGAGUUAGAUAGGGUUAAUGCAUAA